AUGGCUACAGAGGAACCCGAGGUUAAGGAUGAGCGCCUGGACACUCACGAGGAGGGAGGUGAUGAUGAGGAGGAGAUCGAGGCUAUGAAGCGACGGGUCGCCGAGAUGGAAUCCGAAGCCGCAAAGUUACGGGAAAUGCAAGCUACCCUUGAUCAGCAAUCCGAGAACCUACGCGAAGACAAAGAAGAAAUUGACGCGCGGAGUAUUUUCGUCGGAAAUGUGGACUAUGGAGCUUCCCCGGAGGAAAUUCAAGCACAUUUCCAGAGCUGCGGCUCCAUCAACCGCGUUACCAUCCUUCUAGACAAAUUUACAGGUCAACCCAAAGGAUAUGCAUACGUAGAAUUUGCCGAGCCUAGCCUUGUCGCCCAGGCGCUCGUGCUAAAUGAAAGCGUCUUCCGCGGCCGGAACCUCAAGGUCGUUCCCAAGCGCACCAACCUUCCUGGCAUGGCCAGCCGAGGACGUGGUAGGGGCCGCGGCCGGGGAUACGGCCGUGGAGGAUUCCCUCCUCGUGGAGGCUACCGUGGCGGCUAUCGGGGUCGUGGACGAGGCUAUGCUCCCUAUUAA